UUUGUGAGGUGAAAAUUUCAUAGUUGCUGUUAGAUACCUACAAAAAAUAUGGCUUCCAGAUCUCGAAGAUUAAAUGAAGAAGACCGUUGCAUUGUGUCUCAGGCAAAUACUCUCUUAGAACAACUGAGUAUAUUUACCCCAAUCAGUUGUGUGGAAGAUCUCAAUGUUGUUACAUAUGUAGCCUUGUUUGAAGGACUUCGAGGGGAGCAUCUAGCAGGCAUUGUUCGUAACCCACUGACCAAGGAGGAUGAAAUACAGAAUUGUCAGAUUGUGAUUGAUACACUAGCCAAUGAUGUCCUUCACACAUCACUGUCCCAUAUCUCUGGUCGAAGGGUGGUGGAGCAUGACCGGGAAUCCAUCUUCCAUCUACUGGAGAUCUUCAGUGGUCUUUUAGAGUACAUACUCAACAAAAUUGAGAGUGAUGCUUCUACAGAUAACGACGGGGAAGAAGAUUUUGAGGAUCCAGAUGCUGUAGAGCCAGAUGUGAUUGACGAGAUACUGGAGCGUGAGCUCCAACGAGGUCCACAAGACCCUCUAUCUCCAGAGGGGAGGAGGAAGACUGAUGUUUCCUCUGUGUAUUGGGAUGAUAGCCCAGAGACAGCAAGUCGCUCCAGAGACUUACCUGUAGGAAAAAAACAUAGGUUUGGUCAGGAUAGCUCUACAGCUUUACAAGAUUCUUCAGUCAGCUUUGGAAAACUUGACAGUACUGAAGAUUUGAUACGACGAGGUGAAGCUUUGAUACAGCAAACAAAAGCAGGCGAGGAAUCACGAUCACUUGAGGAGAGUUUCCUAAAGACAAGGCCUACAUUACAGGCACUUUUAAAUAAUAAACCUGACAGGGUGCAGUCUAAAGAUCCAGCUGUUCAAACUACCACCCUGGAGGAUAAGCUCAAAUCAGAUCCCUCCUAUGCCGCACGAUCUACAGACACACUGUUGGAUCAUUAUACUGAUCUCUACAACACAAAGUACAAUGUUAACAGGGAUCAGCAUGGCCACAGACAAGUUACCAAGGACCAGUUAGAUCCUUACAACAAUCUGUGCUACAUGGUAGAGGAGACAGCAGCCAUGGCAAGGGAUGCUGUCGGCGUCUCACCCAACCGUGCCCGCAUCAUCCUACAGAGUAUGGACAACAGCUACAACAAACAGACUAGUCCAACACGACGUGGUGACAGAAGUCCUCAUCGGAAGACCAAGAGUCCUGUAAGACAGACAGUCAGUGAUGAUGACCUCCAGUCUGACACAGAGCUUACACCAAGCAAAGCCAAACGAAAAGUUUCUUUCCUGACAGACCGAUCCACUACAGAUUCCAGUCCUAGCUUCCUUAAAUCUAGUCCACACAAAUCACCACCUCGUAAAGCAUGGCAGGAGAAAGAUGUGCGGUUUGAGCCAUCACCCACAAGACAGUUAGGGAGAGGGAGGAGUGUCACCCGUCCUAGUAGGAAUACAGAAGACUAUGGUAGCUACCUUGCUGACGUGGAAUCUCGGGAGGAAAAAGAGAAUUCAUCAGCUUAUGAUAAUUACCUUAAAAAACAGUUCCAUGAGAUCAUUGAUGAAGUGCUUAGUGAUGAUGAAGUCCUACCUCCAAAGUUCAAGUCUCGGUCAGACCAACGUAGAGUCAGAACUGACCGUGUCCCAGACAAGUCAAAAGGCACCUACAGUGUCAUGGAUACUCACAAACUGAUGCAGAAAGAGAGAGCAGCUGGGAAGAAAAAAGUUGAUUUUCUACACAAGAUAUAUCAGGAAGACCUUGAUGAACUGAAAUAUGAGGCCAAACAUGAACUGAAGAAGGAAAGAAAAGUUGCCAAGGAUACAGAAGCAGACUACAAGAAGAAAGUUUUAUCUGGUCCAAAAAAAGCUAGUAAACCCAAAGAGUCAGGAUCUACCAGAAAGAAACCUACAGUUAGUACCAAAGCCAAGAGGCGAUCACCAAGUCGACUGAUACCUGCAGGAAAACAGAAAUUAACAAUCAAAGAUGAUGAAGACAUCUUACCAAUACUGCUAAAGGAAUUUCCUCAUCUUCACCUGUCUUUGCACACCUGGCAUGAACUGUGGCGUAAAGGGAUCAACCAAAUUGAGCAGGUCACAAGGGCCAACCAGGAAGUUAGACGCAAAAAGUCACGUGCUAAAUCAGAGCUUGAGGAAGCUGAAAAGAGACAGCAGAUUAUGGUGAACAUUAUGAAGAAAGAGCUUGAACAUCAACAAAGAAUGAAAGAGAUUAAAGAAAGACAGACUCAGGGAGUAGCAGCUAGAAACAGGGUACAUGAAAAACGUGCACAGUCUGCGAAAACACGACAGUAUUAUGACGAAUAUCAGGUACGCAUGCGCUCCAAGAUGCUGAAAAGGCGCACAAAAGAGGAGAUGGUAUUUAAGAAACUGUUCAAAGAUGGUCUGGAUAUACAAAAGGAUCGAGUAAAGGAGCUAAGGAAGUAUGCCAAAGAACAGCGUGAUAGCCAAGCCAAAGUACAGAGGAAUGAAGUGGAGUCUCUAGAAAAUUAUUACCGUGACCAGUUUGACAUGCUAGCAGAAUCUGUUGCCAAGGAACGUAAGGAAACACAGACCAGGGAAAAGGCCCAGCAGAAGGUGCUAGAACAGAUGAAGAAAGAGCUUAGACGAAAAAUGGAAAAGGAAAUUAAGGAUUUACAAGAUCAGCUGUGUCGGGAUGACGAUGAUGCUUACUUCAGACAACUGGAUGCUGACCGGGUCAUCAAAGACUUGCAGAUUGCCAAGUACCAUGUUGGUGUAUAGCUUAGAAGUCUUCCUAAAUGUUUCUCAUGUUUAGUAUAUAAAAGUGGUAACUGAACAAGACGCUGCUGGCCUGCAGAAUCCUGUAAACAACUGUGAUAUUAGAGUGAUUUAUAAACAAUGUAAUUAUCAUGUCUGGAACAGUCACAAGGUAACAAUGUUGGUCAAAAUGUAGUAUAAAUUUUUAUGUAGACAAAUUAUAGUAUUAUGUAAUUUAUAUAUAUUAUACCUAAUCAGGUUUCCUAGUUGAUUUUUCAGUUUUAUCUAUGUAUUUCUUAGGUUCCACAUUCUGCUACUUUGCUAGUUUUGAUGGUGAUAACGAUUUCAGUAAAAUUUGAACCUGUACUCACAGCAAAUUCACAUGGUUUCACAAAUAGAAAUAUUUUCUGCCCCAUAAUGGUGUAAUUAAGUGUGCUUUGCUAAAAUGUUUAAAAGAAUGAUGAAGUACGAUUGUGUGUGAAUUUGUUAACUGAAGUGAUCAAACUUCAGCUUGAAUUCAUCGUAAGAUGUUAAAAGUAUGAGAAAGUUCCAGUAGUUAACAUUUAUUGUUUA